UCAAACAGUCGCAAUUGGAUUUUGACCAAGGAGAGCAGAACGUAAUAUGUAAUUUUAUUGCAAUUUGAACUACGACGUUUGUGCGCAAUAAAAAUAGUGGUGAUCUUGAUAUAAUGACAGAUAUUACGAUGUUGUCGUCAGAUGUAAUCAAAUACGUGGCUGUACCUGUGUCUCUAGCAGUCGCACUGGGAUUGAUACGAAAAUGGAGAUCAAGGAAUUGGGCAAAGUGUACGAGCAACACUUGUUUAAGGGGCAAGACCUUUCUUAUUACGGGUGCCACUAGUGGUAUCGGAUUGGAAACGGCACGAGCUCUGGUGAAGAGGAAGGCUCGCGUGAUAUUUGCUUGUAGAGACAUCGAUAAAGCAAAGAAAGUGGUUGCAGAAAUUCGAACAGAAUGCGACGGCGGCGAAUUGAUACCAAUGCAAUUGGAUCUUGCAUCUUUCACAUCAAUUGAAAAGUUCGUAGAUGUUGUGAAGGCCGGAUUUUAUAAAAUUGAUGUAUUAAUCAACAAUGCAGGCGUGGCCAUACCAUUACAAUUAGACCAGAAGACAAAAGAGGGUUUUGAAAUACAUUUGGGUGUUAACCACUUGGGACACUUCUAUCUCACAAAUUUAUUAAUUGAUUUGUUAAAAAAAGCUGCUCCGAGUCGAAUUGUUAUUGUCACAUCAACCCUACAUGAGAAGGCCAAACUGGAUUUUGACAACCUAUAUGUGGAAGACCAAAUCGAGAAGGCCAAAUUAGGAAAACGUUACCGCCACAACCCCGGCUACUGUAACUCAAAACUCAUGAAUCUAUACCACGCACGGGCAUUGGCUGCAAAAUAUAGGAACUCAGGAAUAGACGUGUACGCCUGUUGCCCGGGCUUCUGUUAUACUAAUUUGUUCAGAGAUGUCGUUCAAUGGUAUCACUAUGUUAUCUUGGCUCCCGUCGCAUUUUGGUACAUGAAGACAGCGAAACAGGGUGCAGAGACGGUGCUGCACUGCGCAACAGAUUACCGUCUGGAGGGACACACUGGGAAGAUGUACCGCAACUGUACCGAGUACAGAUCAACGUACCGCUUUAGUAAAGGAGAAGAAAACAAGCUAUGGGAAGUUAGCGAGGCUCUCGUCAAAGCCAGGAGACCUAUUUAAGCCAACGGACUAAUUAUCCCAUAACUACAAUCUUAAAGCUCUUCAUAUGAGGAUAAAUUUCAUAUCUGUCUAACUUAUUCCUAUCGGUUAGGUUAAAGUAAUAUAUAACUAACAUUUGGGGAACUUUACAAAUCUUGACCUAGUAGUUUACAACUCUUAGACUGAAUGUGGCUAUGUAUUUAAAAUGAUAAUUUUUAAGACAUUGAGAUUUUUAUGCGUAGUCAUCUCAAAUAUAUAAUAUAAAUGUAGUUGUUAUACAAGUCUAUUGUUUCUCUAGAAUUUUUUCUAUUCUAUAUUUAUUAAGACUUCAUUAUAGGUGUUAUAACCAACAUGAUACUAUAACGGCAUAAUAUUUUAUCAUAUUAAGCGAAUGCAUAUUUCAACAAAUACUCAUUACAUGUAUUUUAAGGUAUGUUCCAAAAAAUAAUUAUUACUGUAGACAAAUAAAUAAUCAAUGUGUAGCGCU